CAUUUGAAAAAUUCACUAUGAAGCGGUAUUAAUCAGACCCUGUUACACCCUCAAACCACACACUGUCAAAAUGGGUAAGGGUAACUUGAAGUUCGGCGGUAAGUCUGGUGUCUUGCCCCCAACACGCAUUAUUUUCAAGCAGCCAUACAAGCAGGCGCAAAUUCCGGCUAGAGUUGCGGAAGAGGGCUACGCCGAUGACAGAUUCGUGCCUAAGCACACCUCUGCGUGGCCUAAGGAGAAGAAAAUCGUCAGUGUGGAUGAAAAAAUCCAGAAGUAUGCCCCAGCUAACGGUGCUGCCAAGGCGGCAAAGUUGGCCAAUCUCCAUUCUUUGCCAGAGCACGAGCAGUGGAAGUUGAAGAACACCGAGGUCAGAAAGGAGUACUAUAGACAUGCCGUGAAGGAGGAAUUCUCCAAGUUGGAGAGAGAGGAGAAGAUUGCCGCGCACAAGCAGAAGCGCGUGGAACAGCUCAAGCUCAAUAAGGAAAACUCCGAAGACUCCCCAGCCGCGCUCUUGACCCUCCCGACCAUCGACAACAUCUUGAACCAACCAUUGAUGAGACAGCGUACCGCUGCGGAAAAUGCCACGUUGAAAGCCAAAAGAGAGGCCAACAGAUUGCAUCACAACCUCCAAACCGCGGAAUACCGCGCGCAGAAAUUGUUAAGGUUGUACAACUCCAGUGACAGCUUCAUCGUAACCGCCGAGGAUUUGGACCUUGCGAUCAAUAAGGCGUUCGAAGAAGACGCUAACUUAGUCUCCAACUUGACUCACUCUAUUAACUCCAGAUUGAAUGCACUCAACCCGCCGAUAUCGAUGACGCCUUGUCGGGCCAUAUGAAUUCGAUUAGACAACAGGCCUUCGAAGCUGUGAAUAAGCAAAGAGAGGCUGAGAAGCCGUUGUACUGAGUGGUUCUGCCUCAGUGUAACUAGCGGGGUAGUGUGUAUAAAAGACAGGUAAUGAGUGUAUAUAGUUUUCUCUAUCGUGGACGAGUGUAGAAAGGUAAUUGUACGUUCUAACUGAUUUAUUAAAGUUUCAACGUAUUAGGAUCACUUGACGUCCAGACGGCAGCUAUAUCAUCUCCAUUUAGAUAAUCACGAGUGAUCGACCGGCUUAACUUUUGGAGCAAUAUUCAAACGACGUGAUGAUUAUCGU